AUGACAUGUAUUGUAAAUGUUGGAAAUUCAGAAUCAUUAGUAUACAUGUCCUUAAUGUACUCAAAACCAAGGAAUUUUGCACUUAAAGUAGUUAAAAUGAUUCAUGAUCAGAAUGAAUUACAAACUCUUUUGGCCACAGGUAAUGCUGCCAUGUCUCUAAGACUCGUACAAGUUAAUAGAGCUCCUUAUCAUACCGGGGUCUUGGUGAAAGAGGUUAACAAAGUCCAGCAACCUAUCUACUAUGUAAGCAAGGUCUUACUGGACGCGGAAACCAGGUAUACUUUGGCGAAACAACUUGCCCUUGCCUUGGUUAUAGCAGCAAGGAAACUCCGACAGUAUUUUCAGUCUCACCCUAUUGUGGUGCUCACUAAUCAACCACUUAGGCAUAUACUUCAGAAGCCGGACGUAUCAGGAAGACUGAUGAAAUGGGCAAUCGAGCUUGGGAAAUUUGACAUAGAAUUCAAACCACGUCCAUCUAUCAAAGUCCAAGCUCUAGCCGACUUCAUUGCAGAACUAACCCCCAGGCCUCGGGGGCCAGGUAAUAGCUCGAGCAUGAGCACUAAUUUGGACACUUGGCAAAUAUUUGUGGAUGGAGCAUCGAACUCCUCGGGCUCGGGCGCAGGGGUCAUCAUCAUCAGCCCUGACAAACAAACGGAGAUCCAAUGCGCUCUCAGGUUCGAGUUUGAAGCAACCAACAAUGAGGCUGAGUAUGAGGCCGUCGUUAUUGCUCUUGAGCUAGCCCUUGGCCUAGAACUCGAGUUCGUAAAGGUAUUCAGCGAUUCAAAGCUAGUGGUCGAACAGAUUGAAGGAUCAUUUGAAAGGAAGGAGGAGAAAAUGAUUUUGUACUGUAUGAAGGUUCAGGAUCUUCAGCGAAAAUUCAAGAGCUGUGAAAUUACAAAAAUUGCUCGAAAGGACAACGGAAAAGCUGAUGCAUUAUCCAGGCUUAUGUUCAUGGGGGUAGACGGCCUUGACAGAACGGUUCACAUAAAAAUCAUCACAGAACCCAGCAUCAGUCAAAUCCUCGACAUCAUGGACAUUGACAACGAACCAUCCUGGAUGGACCCGAUCAUAGAAUUCAUCACAAACGGAAGUCUACCAAGCGAUGCUAGGUUGGCCAGAAGCAUCAGAGCCCGAGCUCCUAGGUACUGCAUGAUCAGCGGUGUCCUCUUUCGCAGAAGUAUUACUCUUCCAUACCUAAGGUGCCUCAGGCCAUCAGAAUCAUCCCAGGCCCUUGCUGAAGUCCAUGAAGGUGUGUGCGGGAAUCAUCAAGGGGCCAGGGCCUUGGCCUUUAAACUCGUACAAUAUGGAUACUACUGGCCAACUAUGAACAGAGACGCCUCAGAAUAUGUUAAAAGAUGUGAUAGGUGCCAGAGGUUUGGUAAUGUUAUCCACUCACCAGCCGAAGAUCUCACCAACAUUAACUGUUCGGCCCCGUUUGAACAAUGGGGAGUUGACAUCCUCGGCCCCUUUCCUUUGACAAGAGGCCAAUUAAAGUUUGUUGCUGUAGCAGUAGAGUACUUCACAAAAUGGGUAGAGGCCGAACCCCUCGCCACAAUUUCGGAGCCCAAGCUGAGAACCUUCACUUGGAGGUCUAUCAUUUGUAGGUUCGGGGUACCAAAGAGCAAUGGCCUGGCCGAGGUAACAAAUCGAAUCAUAUUGCAAGACCUCCGAACAAGAAUAACCGAUGCAAGGGGUUCUUGGUCCAACGAGCUGCCUGCUAUACUUUGGACAACAACUCAUAGGACAACCAUAGGAGAAACCUCUUUUAUGUUAGCCUAUGGCGUUGAAGCAAUGGUCCCAGUGAAAAUUAGACUGCCAUGCCAUAGGAGGCUCGUGCCAGAAACCUCGGAGCAUACAACUGAACAUCUUGAUCUCUUGGAAGAAGUACGGGAGCAAGCCGCUAUAAAGGUGGCCUCUUACCAAACUAAGACAGCGAAACAUUUUAAUAGCAAAGUCAAGGCUCGGAGGUUCAGAGCUGGCAAUUUGGUCUUGAGGAGGGCCGAAGCAGCAAGCCACCCCCCAGGGAAGCUCAGGCCCAUCUGGGAAGGGCCCUUUGAGGUCAUACGACAGGUUCGUAAAGGAGCAUACAGCUUAAGAGACACCUCGGGCAGACCUCUUCCGAGGCCCUGGAAUGCCGACAAUCUAAAAAUAUAUUACAAGUAA